AUGCAGUGCCGCUCGCUGAUGUUCGGCAGCGAAGGUAGUUGUCUGUUUCCCCUAGUGUUCGUCUGGCAAUGUUGUCACGCGCCUGUGUUGCCAGUACACCGCAGCCGGUAGGGUUAGAAGGGUUGGGGCGUGCCACUUUCCCAAGUUGCGGAGGCCUUUGCCGGCGACACACUGUAGCAGACGGGUGGCGGAAAUCGCGCCCCUGGCGGCUGGGCCGGCCGCUCUUGCCCGUCCGCCGGCUUCUUUGUUCGGCGCAAUGCUCGCGAACCCGCGGCGCCGCGGGGGACGCCCAGAAGAGGCCGCGGACUUCGCAAGACCACCCACGGAGGCUGCUGAAGUUGGAGAGGGUGGCGCGCCUCUGGCGCGGCCUGUCUGUGAAAGGCGAGCGGGCGCCGGCGGGGCAGCAGCGCGGCGCCCUUUCUGUGCGGCUUUAGUCUGCCUUGCGAUCGCCUGGACCGACGAAAACAGGGGGGGCGAGGAACAGCAAAGAGAGAGAGGGAGAGGGAAAAGGGGGAAAAUUAGAAGCGUGGCCACUGGGCCGAUGGUCUCUCUCCGCGGCCCGUGUUCGAUGCCCU